UUUAGGCUUUUGUGGCAGACUGAAGUGUCAUUGCCAUACAAGGUAGAGCAUCAAACCCUAACUUCAUGAGCCUAUUCCUCUCUUCUCCUAUCCAAAUCCAAAACAAAAAGGUAAAAGCAAAGUUCAAUUUAAUUUUUUAAGAAAAAGAAAACCCCCCUCUCUGUUUUGUGCAAGUGCAAGCUUAGUGGCAGGUCUCAAAGCUCAAAAAUAUUUGCUGCAUUCUGCAAUAUCACACACCAACCCACUAUCCUCAAAAACCAAAACCCAUGCUCUUUUCUUCAUCAUCACCCCCACCACUUCUGUUUCUUUAUUCUUAUUCUUCAACUCUGUUUCUCUACCGAAGUGAAGAAGAUGAUCACGUUAACAGAUUUCUAUCAUGUGAUGACUGCAAUGGUUCCGCUUUAUGUGGCUAUGAUAUUGGCCUACGGCUCAGUGAAAUGGUGGAAGAUCUUCUCCCCUGACCAAUGCUCUGGCAUCAACCGCUUUGUUGCUCUUUUCGCGGUUCCUCUACUUUCUUUCCAUUUCAUCGCCUCCAACAAUCCUUACCAGAUGAACUUCCGCUUCAUAGCUGCUGACACCCUUCAAAAAAUCAUCAUGCUCGUCGUUCUCGCCAUUUGGGCUAACGUCAGCAGAAGGGGGUGUUUGGAUUGGACGAUAACCCUGUUCUCCAUUUCCACCCUGCCAAACACGUUGGUGAUGGGUAUCCCGUUGCUCAAAGGGAUGUAUGGCGAGUUCUCAGGGAGUUUGAUGGUUCAAAUUGUUGUCCUCCAGUGCAUUAUCUGGUACACCUUGAUGCUGUUCUUGUUCGAGUACAGAGCAGCAAGAAUGCUGAUCUCUGAGCAGUUUCCAGACACAGCUGGCACCAUUGUCUCCAUUCAUGUGGAUUCUGAUGUGAUGUCUUUGGAUGGAAGACAACCCUUGGAAACUGAAGCUGAGAUUAAACAAGAUGGGAAGCUUCAUGUGACUGUGAGAAAGUCCAAUGCUUCAAGAUCAGAUAUCUUCUCAAGAAGGUCUCAGUCUCAGUCUCAGUCUCAGGGUGUUUCCUCCACAACUCCUCGCCCUUCAAAUCUCACCAAUGCUGAGAUAUACUCUCUACAAUCCUCAAGGAACCCAACUCCAAGAGGCUCAAACUUCAACCACACAGAUUUCUACUCCUCUGAUGUUCAUGGGUUGUCAGCAACAUCAAGAGGACCAACACCAAGGCAAUCUAACUAUGAUGCUAUUUCUGGUGGAACAGGAAACUACCCUGCACCCAACCCUGGGAUGUUCUCGCCCAAAAAUGUUGCUGCCAGUGCUAAUGCAAAGAGGACUAAUGGUCAAGUUCAAGCACAGCAGAAAGCAGAGGAUGGGAAUAAGGACCUUCAGAUGUUUGUUUGGAGUACAAGUGCUUCCCCUGUUUCAGACGUGUUUGGUGGCCAUGAAUAUGGACUUCAUGAUCACAAAGAAGUGAAAUUGAAUGUUUCUCCUGGAAAAGUGGAGGGUCUAUCUCAAGAGGAGUACCAGGUAGAGAAGGAUGAUUUCAGGUUUGGAAACAGAGAAACGAAAGUUGCAAAAGCUAUGCCUCCAACGAGUGUGAUGACAAGGCUGAUAUUGAUCAUGGUGUGGAGAAAACUUAUCAGGAACCCCAACACCUACUCCAGCCUAAUCGGUCUAACUUGGUCACUCAUUUCAUUCAGGUGGAAUGUUGAAAUGCCUGCCAUCAUUGCAAAGUCUAUUUCCAUAUUGUCAGAUGCAGGGCUCGGCAUGGCCAUGUUUAGUCUUGGGUUGUUCAUGGCUUUGCAACCAAAGAUGAUAGCAUGUGGAAAUUCCAUAGCAGCUUUUUCAAUGGCUGUGAGAUUCCUUACAGGUCCGGCUGUCAUGGCAGCUGCUUCCAUUGCUGUUGGACUCAGAGGUGUUCUCUUACACGUUGCCAUUGUUCAGGCAGCUCUUCCACAAGGAAUUGUCCCAUUUGUGUUUGCCAAGGAAUACAAUGUACAUCCUGAUAUUCUUAGUACAGGUGUUAUUUUUGGGAUGUUGAUCGCAUUGCCUAUAACGCUGGUUUAUUACAUCUUGCUGGGGCUAUCAAGUAUGAGCUGAGCUGAAUGAAGAACACAAGUGGCAUCCAUAUAUACAAGCUCAAUUAAGACUCAAGAGAGAAAAAACUUGUCCAACGAAAUAGAAAGAAAAGCAUUACCAUUGUUGAAUGAACUGUCAUUACUUAGUGAAAAUGUAAAAUCAUUGCUGUACGUAGCUAAUUUAUAAAUAGAACGUCCUUGGAUUAUUGAAUAUUUGUCACUCAUCAAGUGGAGAAGGAAAUGAAAGCUGUUUUGUGUUUCA